AUGGGAGGAGUUUCUUGCCUCCAGGGAGUAGGUAAACGCAAACACCUUCACUUGAGUGUAGAAGUGGAGCCUUAUGGCAAAGGCGUGAGGACCCGGGACCGGUCCAGCCCCAGAACAGAGCCUCACUCUGAUAUGGGGCUUCACUGCGUGGACGUGGAGAGCAACAACAGCAUCUUACCCCUAAAGUUCUGCAUCCAUCAGCAGGAACGGCUGAACUCAGACCGUCUGUAGAGGGUUCCCGCACUUUUACCCCUUCAGCGCACUAGACUGCAAAGAUGCCAAUCUUGGAGAGAAACACGGCAAGAGUCCAAGGCAGUCAAGAGCUGCCAAAGGUCCCUGUACCACCACUAAAACAAACCCUGGAGACCUAUUUAAAGUGCAUCCAGCACCUGGUGAAGGAUGAGCAGUUUAAGAAGACUAAGGCCAUCGUGGAGAAAUUUGGGGCUCCGGGAGGUGUUGGAGAGGCUCUGCAGAAGAAGCUUGUAGAGCGGAGCGAGAAGACUACUAACUGGGUCUAUGACUACUGGCUGGAGGACAUGUACCUGGCCAACAGGCUGGCACUGCCUGUCAACUCGAGCCCAGCCAUGGUGUUUCCAAAGCAGUCUUUCAGGGAUCAAAAAGAAGCCCUCAGAUUUGCUGCUCGUCUCAUCAGAGGUGUGUUGGAGUAUAAGGAUCUCAUUGAUAAGCGAGCACUGCCGGGGGAUUUUGCUCGAGGCCAGCUAGCGGGGACUCCUCUGUGCAUGGAGCAGUACUACCGCCUCUUCACUUCCUACCGCUACCCGGGUUUAAAGGCAGACGUACUUAAGGUCCAAAAGGAUGCAGCCAACUCAGAGCCAGAGCACAUAGUUGUGGCGUGUAAAAACCAGUUCUACGUGUUGGAUAUAACCAUAAACAGUAAGCAGCUGACUGAGAUGGAGAUCUUCCACCAACUCGAGAAAAUCAUGAAAAUGUCAGAAAACCCUAAAGACAGAUUCCCUCCUUUUGGAAUUCUGACGUCGGAUGGGAGAACAGAGUGGGCUCAAGCUCGAGAGGCAUUGGCUAAAGAAUCAACCAACCGGGACUCUUUGGCCCUCAUUGAGAGUUGUGUUUGCGUGGUGUGCCUGGAUGAACCCUGCGGCUUGCAGCCAAGUGACACGAACAGGUCCCUGAUGAUGCUACACGGGGGAGGGCGUGAGAGGAACGGUGCAAACCGCUGGUACGACAAGUCAAUGCAGUUUGUUGUAGGAAUGGAUGGGAUUUGUGGGGUGGUGUGUGAGCAUUCGCCAUUUGAGGGAAUAGUUUUGGUGCAGUGUUCUGAAUACCUGAUGAAAUACAUAACAGGAAGUCCCUCUAAGACAUAUAAGUCCAUCAGAGAGCUUCCUCCUCCAAGAAAACUGCUCUGGAAAUGUAACUCCUACAUCCAAGGACUUAUAGAAGCAUCUGGAGACAGGCUCCAUAGACUGGUGAAUAAUCUUGACAUGGACGUUUUCAAAUUUGCAGCUUAUGGGAAAGAGUUCAUCAAAAAACAGAAGAUGAGCCCCGACGCAUUUAUACAAGUCGCAUUACAGCUUGCAUUUUACAAAUGCAGAGGGAGACUUGUGUCCACUUAUGAGAGUGCGUCAAUACGCCGCUUCCGGGAAGGACGAGUGGAUAACAUUCGCUCAGCCACUGUCGAGGCAUUGGCCUUUGCAAAGUCCAUGGCAGAUGAGAGAGAAACUUUCAGCGAUUCAGAGAAAAUGAAACGACUGAGAGAUGCAAUUGAUGCCCAGACUAAUUACACAGUUGCAGCUAUAACAGGAGGGGCGAUUGACAAUCACCUGCUUGGGCUUUUGAGGAUUUCAAAGGAGCUCAAAAUGGAGAAGCCAGACAUUUUUUGUGAUGAGACAUAUGUCUUCAGUAACCAGUUCAUCCUAUCAACCAGCCAGGUCCCUACUACAGUGGAAAUGUUCUGCUGCUAUGGGCCAGUGGUACCCAACGGCUACGGGGCCUGCUACAACCCACAGUCAGACCACAUCGUCUUCUGUGUGUCAAGUUUUUGGGAAAACACAGAGACGAGCUCUGCGGUUUUCGCGAAAGCCUUGAACGAGGGCCUGCUUGAAAUCAGGGACUUGUGCAAUAGAAGCAGCACUGCUGCUACCAAACCGACUGAGAGCAGGCAGGGAGCCAGCCAGCCUCUCAAAUCAGGGAAAUAAGCCAUGCUAACUCAGCUACUCCACUCGAUAUUGUCGUAGAUUUAGAAUCAGUAAAGAUGCCUUCAUGUGUUGUUCGUGCAAUAGUAUUACCUUAACAACAAAAUACAAAGCCUUAAAGUUAAUGUGUAUCUGUAUGUAGUAUUUAAAUAUGAAAAGAUAUGAGACAAAACAGGAAAAUAGGUUUUGUUUUGUGUGGACAGCAGUAUGAUUCUGGGUCCAGCAUUGAUCCUGGUAGACUGAUGUUAACUGGUCUGCUGCCUUUAGGAAACUGAAGCCAUGUCCUCUUUGAAGCACUGAUCUGAGGAUUAAUUCCUCCGUCAGAUAGCGAUUCAACUGAGUGAUCACUGAGUGUGUAUAUAUAUAUAUAUAUAUGUGUGUGUAGAAUGAAAGAAAAUUUACAUUAUAUACAUAUAGUAACUGUAACUACCUGUAAAUGUGACUCAGCCAACCUAAUUCUUUGUGCCAUUUUGUCAACACUGUGAGAUCCAUAUAGAUGUUCUAGUUUAUAUUUUUCCAGCAAUUUAUUUAAUAGUAUUGACACUGUGAGGUUUCCAAAGAGGUUGUGCUUUGUGAAGUCUGUCUGAUGAGGCACUUUAUCAAAAUAUCUAUAUUGAAAAACAUAUUCUGUCAACGUGGACGUGGAUGGAUUUUAACCUAUGUGAGGGAUGUGAUGUGGUUUUAGUGGCAGAUUUGACUUCCUUUUGUUGGAUGCAUAUAUAUCACAACAUUAAGUGUAAAAUGUUAUACGGACCUUUGGUGAGGGAGGCAUUCCUCUGUGUUCAUAUGUACGUACUGUAUAUCAUUUUAAAAAUACAGAGAUUAGACGUGAACUAAGGAUGGUAAUGUCCUGUUUCAGAAUAGGUUCUAUAUGCAAUAAUGCAUUUACAAGUGAAGUGAGGGUUUAUGUGCAAUUUGCCAACUGCAAGACAAGAUGCAUGGAGCUUAUAUAUCAAAUAAAAAUGUGCUAAUUUUGAUAAUCACAUAUAUUACACUAAAAUACGUAUAAAAAAAUUAUAUGAUGUUUCUUUUCCUUAAAUGUGAAUUCUGUGAAAAUUACUAAAAAAAUCUAUCUCACAAGUCUCAUUUUAUCUGUGGUGGACUGUGAUGCAACAGUUUUCAUUGGAGUUACAGAUGUUUGGAUAUUUGUUGUCCAGAUGAAAGGUGGGUUGUGUGUCUAUCAAUCUAAGUGAUUGUGAGCAGAUAAAGUCUAUGAGUUAUGUGUGUGCAUGUCAGUUCUGAAACAAUAGAUGUAUUUUUAUAGAUAUGUGUGGAAAUCUGUUGUGAUGUAAAAUAUUGUGAAAGGGAAAACAAUAUGCCUUAAAGUAACACAAACUUUAUCUAUAUUUUCUGUCAGAUGUAACAUAAUGUUUUACCUCUGGUGUUAGUUAAAUGUGUUUCGAAACAUGUCAAAGUCAAUAAUAUUUCUCAGCUGUUGUUUAAUGGUUCUUCCAUUUGUUUCUUCGAUUUAAAGAAAGAAUAAGAAUGCAUAUUGGUGUUAAUGUUGUCUGUUAAAAUAUCAUCAAAUAUAUCUAAAAUUGCAAAGAAAUAAGUGAAAAUGUAUUAAAAGGAGAAUGUAGUUUUAUCAUAUUGUGAAAUCAAAUCAAAUGAAAAGUAAUGUCAUUAUUCUUUUGAAAAGAGAAGUAUGUUCGUAUGAAAUUAUUGUUGAUGGUAGCAAAAAUCUCCACCUGAAAAUAUUUUAAAACAUGGAAUUGCAGAUCCAUUAAUAAAGAGUAUUCAAACUUA